UUUAUUGGUUUUACUGAAUAUGUAAUAUAAACAAAUAAUUAUUAAAUGGUACCCAUAAUUUUUUAAACGGGCGUGUAAAUUUCAGUUUCUUUAAUACAGAUAUUAGGAUUACGAAAUGGGCUGUGUAUGUUGUUCUCUGAGUUCCUUCAUUUCUGUUGUUCUAGACGCUCUGGAAAGAAUAUCCCUAUGUACCGUAUGUGCAAUGCUGACAUGUUGUCUGCUGUUCACAAUUAUAUCGGUUAUGGUGCUUGGUAUUGGAAUUGGUUAUCAUUAUUGUUUUGUCUCAAAUUCAGUGGAUGCUAUGGCAAAGGCUGCCAAAUCAGCAGGCGCUCUGCGUUCAGGCCAAGAAACGGUGACCACAGGUAAUGUGAUGCGGUCGGUGGACAAAGCAUUCAGGCGGGGAUUCGCACAUAAAAUUGCACGCCGAGAAGCAGACACGCCGGUGGAUAUCAAACAUUUAAAUUACACAAGUAUUAUCUAUCGAAACAUUUUGUCUUUCAACAUAACAAAUAUUACAAGUUCUUGAUUAAUUCAUAUGCAUGCUUUAAAUAUAAGUUAAACUUUUGAAUAUGA